AUUCAACCUGAUGAAUAUAUUCAUAUUACUCAAGAGGACGAAUGUUAUACUAGCCUAGUUGCUAAAAUACCUGAAUCCAAAAUAAAUAAAUUACCUUCUUGGGCUGUCUGUAAAGAUGCAAUUUGUAUAUCCAGCAGUGAUAACAGUUCUAGCAGUUCUG